UCGUUUGAAGCGAGUGGAGACUCUUACAAACAGAGCCGCGAUUAGGGGUUCGUCUAUUAUCGUAUACUCGUACUAAAUUGACAAGGGCUUGAAGGCCAUGGAUAGGAACACAGGAUAUCGGUCAGUUAAAUCUGGAAGCUUUUCAAUUGCAGACAUUCUAAACAAGAACCCGUGUGAACCGACAGGAAAGUUUUCUUUUCAAACGCGCUGGCCGGAAAUGAACUCCGAAACGACAACAAAGUCUGAGAAGCAUGUUGCAAAGGCAACGGAUGAAUUAGACUCCGAAGAUAACUUCGCUCAAGGCUCACCAAUGCUAAAGCAAGACAAUACUCUUGAACGAAAGCAGAGUUCGGAGUUAAAGAAAAGACCACGCACUGCUUUCACUAACGAACAAAUCAAAGCCCUGGAGAGUGAAUUUCAGAGAAGCAAAUACCUCAGUGUGGCACGCAGAAUGGAGCUUUCGAAAACGCUGAAGCUCACAGAAACGCAGAUCAAGAUAUGGUUUCAAAACCGUCGGACAAAAUGGAAGCGAAAGCUGGCCGCUGAGAUGGAGUACGCCAUAGCAGCUCAAGGUUAUCUGUACCCUUCACACCCGGUUUACCACAGGCCUAAGUAUUUCUUCAACAACUCCAUGACUCACGCCAGUCAUAUUAAACCAUCACCCUUCACGAUAUACCAUACACCCAUGUGCAUAACUCCACCGAACCAGUCUGUUGGAGGGUAUCCACCGUCAAACUUCAAUCCACCCCCAUUUUAGGCAAGGGCCGGAUUUGUAGAGAAAAAAGAUUUACAGCUGUCGUGUGCAGUUUUCAUGCAUUUGAUAACCGAGCAGUGAUUUGUAUCUUCGUGUCUAGAGGUCUUUUAAAAAGAUUGUGUUCUAAAUAUCUACUUUUUCUUCUUUUUACGAAUCGCAGAAAAAUGAGUUGCUAAUUUCACGAGGGUAAAAGGCCCUUGUUCAUGUAUCACAGUAUUCGUCGCUAGUGGUCGAGUUUAAAGACGAUGUAGUUCCUUUGCGUGUUAAUAUGCUUAAGUGGUUUCUUUGCGAGAAACAAAUUUAGAAUAAAUAUCUUUUAGCGUAGUUACAGUCACCAAAAAAAAAAAAGAUUAAAGCAAAGAACGUUUGUUAAAUAAGGAUAAAAAAGAAAAGCAAAGAAAGGGGUGCCUUUAACAAAGACGAUUUAUAAAGAAGCUAAGUGAAGAAUAGCGUGCCUUUUAGAAAGGCGAUCUAUUCCAGUCGUUUCUUUCGUCAAACAAGACCUAUAAUUCUUAAUAUGGAGGUGCGAGUGAUUUCGUUUGUAUAGAUCAGGGUCGUCUUUAUGCUACAAUAAAGUAAACCAAAUAACAUUCAUGUCAACGUGUUAAGUUUACCGACAAUAAUUAAACACGCAUGGAAUAAGUUAAUUGAAGUUCGUUCACAAAUGAGUAGGCUCAUUUCGGUUUUAUUAGAUUUUGUAAUUAAAGCUCUCACUCAAGCCGCCGUUUUUUAAUUAAGCGCGAUUGAAAUAAUUGCGGAUGGUGGCAGAGUAUCGCAAAUAUUGGGUUAUCGCCCCCACGACAAGGGAAUAAUCGACGAAUUAUGAACAAAGCAAGUAAGCGUGAAAUUAUUUAACUGCCAUUGGCGACAAAUUAUAUUGAGCUGUUUAUACAAUUUCUUUAAUACCGAUUUCUUUGUUAUGACAAAACAAGAGCGAAACAAAGGCAGCAAUUCCAAUUAAGCGCUAGGCACUUUUCUGUUGUUCAAACGCGGUAAAACUUCAUAGUUGAGGACCAAAAAAAUAGGAUCUUUUUCCCAUCUGCCGUUCCUCAGCCAUCGAAAAAGAACGUUUCUGGCAUGAGAGUUAAAUCUGAUAAUCUGAUAAUUUCUAUUAAUUGACUUAAUAAGGGAGCUAUCAACGGUGAUAAACGAUGCUCGGAGACCCCUGCCAAAUCCUGCUGCAAGACAAUAACAGACUAAAAAAAUGAAGCGAUUAAAUCUUUUUCCACAUCAUUGAAUUCUCACCAAGAAUCAAUCAUUUUUAACGACAAAUUUAAUUUGUUUGCGGCUUUGAACUUUGAUGUUCCGCUAUUAGUAAAUGCGCGAUCUGCGUUCUUGAAAUUAAAAACAAUGUCGCCCAAACAUA